AUGGCAUCGUACAUUGCAAAGAGAUUGUUUUCAAGGACUACUGUUAGAUUAAAUACACUUGCAUUGGUUGAAGGUGUGAGUAAUGGUAUUUCUCCUGCAUCAUUGUCUACAAUUACUGCUGCCACACAAAUUGGGGAACCAGUGACAGCCAUAGUUUUUGGCAGUAAUGGCGAUUCAGUUGCAGAAGCAGUCGCCAAAACCGAGGGUGUUUCCAAAGUGUUAGUUGCCAAAGAUAGCGAGUACGACCACUAUUUGGCGGAAAAAGUUUCUCCUUUGCUCAAAAAGAUCAUUGAAGACCAAAAGUUUACCCACUUUUUAACUGCUGGCUCGUCGAUUGGCAAGUCGGUUCUUCCAAGAUUAGGGGCCUUACUUGAUGUGCAGCCAGUGUCUGAAAUUGUCAAGGUAGUUGAUCCAACUACUUUUGUGCGUCCAAUCUAUGCUGGUAAUGCAUUGGCUACAGUAAAGUCGAAAGAUAGUAUUAUUCUUGCCUCAGUCAGAGCAUCUGCGUUCCCACCAGCUGAGAUCGGUGGUGCAACUGCCCCCGUUGAGCAAGUCACUGAGUCUGUUGAAUUUGGCAACAGCGCACAAUUUGUGUCUGAACAAAUUGUCAAGUCAGAAAGACCGGAAUUGGGACUGGCCACGAGAGUGGUUUCUGGGGGGCGUGGGUUGAAAAAUAAAGAGAUGUUUGACCAGUUGAUUGAUCCGUUAGCCACCAAAUUGAAUGCGGCCAUUGGUGCUUCUAGAGCAGCUGUUGAUUCCGGGUUCUGUGACAAUUCCUUACAAGUUGGUCAAACGGGUAAGAUUGUUGCUCCAGAUUUGUAUAUAGCUGUUGGUAUUUCUGGUGCUAUACAACACUUGGCAGGCAUGAAGGAUUCGAAAGUGAUUGUUGCUAUCAACAAGGAUGCUGAUGCGCCAAUUUUCAAUGUUGCGGAUGUUGGGUUAGUUGGUGAUUUAAACGAGGUCAUUCCAGAGUUGACAAACAAAUUGUAG